GUCACUGUACCAGUCUGCUACGUUCGCGCCUCCCCAUCAGUUGACCUGACGGAUCAGACUUUUCGGGUGUCGGUAUGUGGUCCAUAUGUAAGGCUGUGAGCAAGUUCCGCUAUUUUCAACCCUCUCUCAUGACGAGCAGCGGCGUCUCGCCGUCUUGGUAGGUCUCACCGAAGCUCGCUCCGGCACAAGGAGCCUCGGUUACAGCAGAUCGAAACGUUGACACUGUGCGGGCACCUUGCCAUUCAAGAUGCAAGUACUGCACUUCAAUUUCUCCGCCAUAUUCUAACUCUGAAUUGCCAACUACUACUCGCGUGCGGGUUUAGGACAAAGCGACUCGAGCGUACUGCUCCUUGCUUGCAUUCAAUUGACUGCUAUUAAAACAAGACGCAUAGCCGUGUUGGAGCAGAUGCUGUCAUUGUUGUUUGAUAGGACCGCCCGAGCUGAGUGAGGAUCAAUAGGGCUGAUGCUUGUCUCGCAUGCACAUGCUGACACGCCGCACUCACACUACCGAAGCGUAUAAAUACGACUCAUCUCCAGCCUCGCUCUUCCCUAGACCGCAUCCCGCAUCCUUUGAGUCACAAUCAUGCUGUGCGCAACGUUGACAACUUUGCUUCUCGCACUAUGUGCGAGCGCCAGCCCGACCUCUCCUCGCCCUCGAGGUACACCGCAGACAAUCUCGCUCGCGUCCCGCAAGAUUGCCAGAGGUACUGUCCACGCUCGCCGCACGCAGAAUCCCAUAAGCGUACCUCUUGCCGACUACUUCAACGAAACUGACCUCCAAUGGUUUGGUGAAAUCGGAGUUGGCACGCCCCCGCAGACGAUCAGCGUGGUUUUCGACACAGGAAGCCAAACACUAGAAUUUGCUAGCACCCUUUGCGGUUCCGCAUGUGCGAACCAAGUCCAGUUCAACUCAUCAAAGAGCUCGACCUUCGUCGACGGCGGUAGCACAGGCACGAUCACUUUUGGUACAGGUGUCGGCGUUGCACCCGUAAUUGGAGACAACUGGCAGCUCACGCUGCGGAACGCGACUGAUACCGUCGCCAUCGGCGGCAUCUCCGUUCCCGACGUCAGCCUGUUUCUCAUCACUGACCAGACGUCGACGUUCGCGCCAGAUCCGUUCAGCGGUAUCCAGGGUAUGGGCCCCAUUGCGACUGGCCUGUUUGCUGGUCUGGAGGCACAGGGCCUGCCAUCGCUAUUUAGCCUGUACUUGACGCCUCAGUCCGUCGGCAAUGCAGAGCUGACGCUGGGUGGCAUCGACCAUAGCAAGUUCACUGGUCGUCUCACAUACGCAGGCGACUUGACCUUUGGUACUCUCGUCGAUGCGGUGGAGACUCAGUCCUGGCAGCUCACGUCUACCGGCAUCACUGUGAACGGAAAGUCAACAUCGGAGCUGAAUCAAUCGCGCGUCUUCAUCUUCGAUAGCGGUACCAGUAACAUCGUGCUUCCCAAGAACGACACUGAGGCUGUCUAUGCGCAGAUCUCGCCCAACAUCAAGCCCAACAACAAUGAGCCAGGUACCUACGGCAUCGCCUGCUCCGAGAUCCCCUAUCUUCCAGCGGAGAUCUCUUUCGCGUUCACCUCACAGGAGGGCGAGGCAUUCACGUUGACGAUACCGAGCAGCGAGCUCAGCGUCGGGCCAUUCACGAGCAACCCAGAGCUGUGCCAGACGCUCAUCAACGCCUUUGAGGACUUCAAUAUCAUCGGUGGCAGCUUGCUAAAGCACUACUACAGCGUAUGGGAUCUUGGGAACCAGUGCCUGGGUUUUGCGCCGAACAUCUUGUAGCCUGUCGCGGCAGCUUGGUGAAGCACUACUAUAGCACGUGUGGCCAACGCUCGGGUUUUGCACGGAACGUGUUGUGGAUAGUACACAUUGCUGUCAUAGACUAGCAGUCAGACGGGACGUAGGUACAUCACCGUGACUGUGCUUCGGAGUUACGGUAGAAUCAGUCUCGCUCCCAGCAGCCGUAUAGCCGUUAUUUAGGGACUUUGAUCUUCGUAAGAUAUAAGACGAAUAGCAAUACACAUGACACUGAAAGUUUUGGACAUACGCCCGUCAUAGCAUUAAAUAUUGUACUUGUCGUCCUCGCCUGAGGUCAUAUCUUCGGGGUCUAAAUCGCUAAAGCAGUCCCAGGGAGGAUGUUCACCAGGCCUAGCGCAAUGGUACCACUUCCAGAACUCCUCGAGUUUACCACGGAAGGCCUGCGGUUCCCAGCCGUCAGGCAGGUCGAACG